UUUAGCUACCGACGAGGAGCAAGCCAAACUGAUGAAAAACAAAGCAGCUUGGAGAAUGGAAAGUUAAUUCGAAGGGUCUCCCCUCCUCAGGCACAAGGAACGAGACCAAACGUUGAAUGAAGCCCGGGCAGCAGGGCAGGCAGACUAGACAGCAAGAGACUUGAGACAGUGUCUUGCCUGAAUCCUGAAUCCAAAGCGGGUCUACUGGGUCGCCUGGAUACCUUUCGUGAGCUUGGAAGUUGGAACUUGGAAGAGGGACAGAGAAAGAAAGGGGAUGUCAUUCCUAUUGCUUUUCCUAACUUCGGGCUUGGUGACUGGCCUUAUCGUCGUCGAUUCGAGCGUGGCUCCGUAGCUUUGGCUAAUAAUAAUCCAGGUCCCCGAACAAUUUGGCUUUGUUGCAAGAAUAGAAAAAAAAAAAAAAAAAAAGACAUAGGGCGGCAAGGAGGCGGCAAGGAGGCGACAAUACGCCUCCGCAUCUUGGACUUAGCCGGUUCCGAUCCGAAAAGCGCUUUGCGGGGUGUUAGUGCAGCAUUUCAUCCUCGGUGCGUCUGCAGAGCCGGGGCCCUGGGCAAUGUCAACAACCUCCAGGCGUCUACUCAACCUAAGCUAUUUUAUCUAUCAUGUUUCGCAGCAUGCAAUAAUAAAAUAGCUCUGAUGCGGGCGGGCUAGCUCUCACUAUUCUUGUAUAUGGGGUUGGAAUUAGGGACAGCACAAAGUCUCUCGGAGCAUACUUCCCAAAACAUAGUAGUGGGUUUUAUUUCUUCUCUUUUGAACCCAACAGCUGUCAGUGAUCAUCCAUCAUCAUAUUGGCCAUGAUGGCCCAUGGCCCAUAGGGAAAUAAUAACCAUAAACUCUCUUCUCCACUAGUUACUCCAAACAUGUUUGUCUACAGUCUACGGAGUACCACUGCCCACAAAACCCCUCAAUUCUCAAUAGUAUCUACCAUCUACCCCAGAAUUGGGGACUUGUGCUUCUCAGCAAAAUAUGAAGUUUUCUUCCUCAACAAAAAUUUCCCACGAGCUGCCAAGAUGACGAUGCUCAGAGCUACCUACGCUGUAGAGCUACCUAAACAUAUAAUAUUUAUUCAAUAUUGAUAUAUUUUUGACAGAAGAUACUCAAAUAGUUAUCUCUUUCAAGUGGAAAAUAUUAAUCACACACCAUUGGAUAGCUCUGAGCUGAGCAUUGUAUUUCGUUUGGCCAACUAUUAUUCUUAGAUACAAUUCUGUUCUCGCUGAGAAACAUUGAAGAGCAAAUAAUGACAGGAGGAGGCCACUACCUUGCAGCUUGCCGAACUUCUCUGCCAUGUGGCCAAGCUAACGAGGAGCCGCCCAUGGACCAUGGCCCAUGGCAGGCAUAGUUGGAGAGACGAGCGCUGGACGCCUCUUGACCAUUCCUUUGGACGAAUCAACAGCUAAGACCGGCUGUGUACCAACCCAAUUCCGCUAGACGUCGGGAGGGGCGAAAGGGGCGAAGGGGCGAACCCAUAUACUCAUUCCCUGUCUGGAUGCCAAUGGAUGUUAACCUUUGUAUCCACAUUAAUAUACCAUAUUUUCCCUACUCAGACUCACCAGGACUCGGCCGGGAUCUGGCUAUUCGUCAAGAUAACAUUGCUUUACCCGCGGCUCCGAGUCAUUUCCCCCAGGAAAGCACCUUUCGUCGGUGGGUCUCCCCAGUUGGGAGAACCAUUCGAUGCGGGGGAUAUUGUUGCUACUAUAUAAUUCAAUGUGAACCCCAGACAAGAUGCAAAAGAAGGCACGUCAAGUAAAGGGCUUCAUCUUCGCCCAACAAGCUGUCUUUUCUCGCUGAGCAGCCAUAAUAUCCUCACAUCUUCUCCCCAUCAACUCGGCUAUCAUACAAUGUCCGGUGACCUAGAGAAAGCCCCCGACGGGGUCUCCGUUGACCAUGUCAACAAGACGACGACUCAGGAGGCUUCGGACAUCGACGUGGACGAUGUAUAUUCAUACGCAGAACAGAGGAAAAUCAUCCACCGCGUCGACCGCCGACUCGUGUCCAUUUGCGGCUUGGGAUACUGCAUCAGCUUGAUGGACCGGACGAACUUGUCAGUUGCUGCCAUCGCCGGCAUGACAAAGGAGCUCGAACUGCACAUUGGCUUUCGAUAUUCUAUUGUCGCCCUUGUCUUCUUCAUCACAUAUAUUCUCUGCCAACCGCCAAUGACAGCGGCUAUUCGCAAACUCGGACCAAAGAACUUCAUCAGUUUUAUUAUUUUUACUUGGGGAGUCUGUUUGAUUGGUUUUGGUCUGUGUAAGAACUGGGAACAACUUACAGCCCUCAGAGCGCUUCUGGGAGUCUUGGAGGCGGGCUUUUUCCCAGGGACAGUGUACCUCCUGUCGACCUGGUACUCAAGAUACGAGGUUCAGAAGCGUUAUUCGAUCUUUUACCUGAUAGGAUGCGUGGCGGCCGCACUUUCGGGUAUCCUCGCCUUUGGCUUUAGCCAGAUGUCCGGCAUUCAAGGAAUGCUUGGUUGGAGGUGGAUUUUUAUUAUGCAAGGUCUCUUAACCAUUGUCGUUGCAAUAGUCACUUAUAUUUUCCUUGUGGACUUUCCCGACAAAGCUUAUAAAGCUUGGGCAUUCCUAAACCAGGAUGAAUGCGCCUUCAUUAUUCGACGAUUGAACAAGGACAGAGGUGACGCGGAUGCUGAACCAUUCACCAUUAAAAGAUUCCUCCGUCCGGCGCUAGACUUGAAGAUCUGGGGCUUCGGCAUGGUAUUUUUCUGCUUGACCACGGUCACCUACGCCAUCGCGUAUUUCCUCCCCAUCAUCCUCCACGACAACAUGGGCUUUAGCGUUAGCGAAUCCCAAUGCCUCGUCGCACCCCCGUACGUCGUGGCGGGAAUUCUCAUGUUCUCCUCCUCCUGGGUGGCGGACAAAUAUAAAAUGCGGGCGCCUAUCCUCGUAUUCAACAGUCUCGUUACCAUCGUUGGGUUACCAAUCAUGGGAUUCGCAGAAAACAAUGCAGUGCGUUACUUUGGAGUUUUCCUGACCACCGCAGGUGCCAACGCAAACAUUCCGUGCUCGCUCGCGUACCAGGCCAAUAACAUCCGUGGUCAGUGGACGAGAGCGCUAGCCAGUACCACGCUGGUUGCGAUGGGUGGGGUUGGAGGAGUUGCCGGUAGUCUGGUUUUCAGGUCGCAGGAUGCGCCCGAAUAUAUCCCGGGCAUUUAUGCUGCUAUUGCUUGUCAAUUUCUGCUCCUUCUCAUUGUUGGCUCAUUGAGCCUUUACUUCUGGCGAUGCAACAAGAAAGCAGACCGCGGAGAAUUGGUCAUCGAGGGAUCACCUACUUUCCGAUAUACUCUAUAGAUAGCUUCAGAUGGCAGGCCAUGGCAAUGAUAGUCAGCCAGUACUGGCGCCUGGUUGGCGAAAUUGUUUCCACAUAAUUCUUCUUUUCAUGUUUUGGAAAUUGAGAAUUUUCCUGAGCGGCGACCUCUGAAUUUUGGGGCCAAAUAACUGUAGAGGAGGCAUCUCCUAUGCGCUUUUAUUCCACAUCAGGUUAUUGUACACACAAGUGCGAGAACGCGGUUAUGUUAGGCUUCUUGUGGAAUUACAGCCACAUUGCGGAAGGCUGUCGUCGCAUUGUUUUCAUAUAUCCCAGUGUUCAAUCGAUGUUUAUCUUUUCAAGACAUGGGAACUUAGAGUAUCCUUGGCUUCCCUUGGCGCAUCUUUAACCGAAGGUCGGGGUUCCGUUAACGUUCCGGGGCAUAGUAGUAUGUUGUUACUCCAGCGUAAUACCCUUUGGAUUGAUUAUAUUUUUCUCGUAUGAAAAAUCUUGGUGGGGGGUAGCAGCGCCAGAGGAACGACAGCAGCGAUGCGAAUCGGAAUCAGCACGAUUGGCUGUUGGGGUAGGUAGGGUCCGCAAAUCCGGACGACAAUCAAUCACGCGUAAAGCAGGAUAGAAGUUCAGGAACAGAAAUGCCAGAAGGUAGAUCCCAGAUCCGCGCCUAUGUAAAUCCGGCAGAUAUUAAGUUAAGUUAGGUCAGGCCAAUAUCGCGAUGCCCCUUUUCCAGUAGUAGAUCUUGGCUCACAAGAAAAGUAUUUCCGAAUCCCUGACCCUUGCAACAGCCCUGCACUGCAAUUGACGGUUGGCAAGUGGAGGUGGAAACUGGUCCCUGACCAACUAUCCGCUUAAUACGCCGUGAGGAAAUUAGAGGUGAUAUCGAACAUAGACAUAGUAUCAUUCUCUUUGCUCCGGCUUUGAGUAGAUUACGGGUUUCACAAAAGCUGAGCGGAGUUGGAUUAACGUUAUAAAUAUUACUGUCUUAUGUAACAGCGAGAUUGCGAAAGAGAGCGAUGAGGACCA